AUGUCGUACGUCCGCGUGAAGCGCAAGCGCGGCGACGCGUCGCACGCGCGCGUCGUCGUCGAGGUCGUCGAGGCGCACGAUGGAUUCGGGGACGGCGCGCGCGGCGCGAACGCGGCGCGCGCGGCGGCGCUCGCGCGAGCGCUGGACGACGCGCUGGACGGCGCGCUCGACGCGACGUCCGAAGCGCGCGGCGCGCGGAAACGGCGACGGCGCGCGAGACGCGUGGCGGAGGGCGUGGCGCGAGACGACGCGGAGACGCGGGCGGCGGACGACGGCGCGGGACGCGAGACGCGCGUGUACGACGCGAUGGUGGAUUCGCUCGAGCGCGCGCGGGCGAUGGAAUCGGCGCUGAUGUGUAACUGCGCGCCGAUGGUGCGCGAGUACUUGGCGAGUCGAGGCGAGGCGAACGCGGAGGCGGGACCGCCGCCGUUCGAGGGAGAGGAGGCGUUCGCGAGGACGUCGACGAGCGCGAGCGAGGGAGAGGACGAGUGGGUGUACGAUGUGUACGAGAUGAUGGACGAGGACGCGCGCGACUCGGACGACGACGAUUUCGACGAUGGGUACGCGCCGGUGAUUCGGGUACGAGAUUUUCACGACGUCGCGGACGACGAGGACGCGGAGAGCGAUUACGGGGACUCGGACAGUAACGCGGCGGGUUAUUUCGACGAUUAUCCCGACACCGAGAGCGAUUCUUCGGAGCACAGCGAUCGGUUUGAGGACGACGACAGCGGAUUCGGCGACGACGACGACGACGAUUGGAGCUAG